GAUCCUCAGAGUCAAACAGAAAAUGAAGUCUGUCCCUUUCACAGCUCUCACACCUGUCAGGAACUUCUUUGACUCGUGCAGACAUUCACUGGUCAGACUAGUUCAUUACUUAUGGACAGUUUACUGCUCUCCUGCUCCCUCUGGUUUGCACCUCCUCACUCUCCUCUCCCUCUGCUUAACUGUAUCCAUCACAACUGGAUCUCUGCUGUAUAACUGGCUCUGCAGCACGCUCAAAUACUCCCAUGAUGCAUCUGUCCAGACCUCCUGCAUCUACAGCGCCACCAUGUUUGUAGUCUGUGUCCUGUGCCAUCCUUUGCGUUGCGUCCUUACCAUGACUCUACCAACUGUAUGCACCAAAGAAGGACGAAAGCUACUGAUUUCAGCCUCUUUUCUCCUCCUAGUGGUCAAUGUAGUACCUAACAUCAGCGCAAAUAUCGGGGCUGUAGUGUUUAUUCUCAAGUGCACAGCAGAGGGCUUCACACGCACUUUGCUUAACUCAUCUGAACCCCUGAACAAAGCCAAGCACGAUUUGGUAGAAGAAACCAUUAAAGUUAAAAAAGAAGAUUUGAAUAUUGUCACCAAUUUGAGAAAUUUUAAUCAUUAUACCCAUGUAGAUGUUUCUGAAGUUAAGAAUAGGUUUGUAAAAAUGAUUGGGCAAAUACAUAUAAACUUUUCCUACAUCAGGGAUACGCUUAAAGACUGCAAACUGCUUUCAAAUCGGAUUCUUGCAGCCAUUUUUGUAGCUUUACUAAUUUACGAAUCAGCCCGAUACCUACACUUCUAUCUGACAUCAGUUAAAUUUGACAAUCCAUAUACAAAAACAAAGAAAUCUGAAAAUAAAGCUGUCAGUACAUUGAAAAGGUAUAAACUCUCCAGUCAGGAAUGCACUUCAUGUUUGAUAACUAUAAUUGCGGUGACGUUAUACUUUGUUGCCAUAGCUACGAUAGUGGCUUUGGACUAUAUAGUGUUUCACAUAGUGGAGGUGAUGGUGCCCUGGCUGCAGGACUUUCCAACAACAACAGCAAGCAUCAAUGUCGACUUUAAGGUGAAGUGGUUUCCUCCAGCCUUCUGCCUCAUCCCCAGCUCGUGCGUCACCCACGAACUCACGAGCUUCCACCGCGAUUACAAAUGGACCUUUACGCCGGGACCGUCCCUCUGUGAUGUCACCACGUCCCGUCCAAACGCGGGUGUCACACUGCUUCUCGGGAUUCUGUGGCUUUUCACCUAUUUUCUAGUUUUUAUGGAAGUUUACGCAGGACGCAUGCGUCGUAAGAUCUCUGCGUCUUUCUUCAAAACGCACGAGGAGAGGCGAGAGGCUUACAGAGCGCAGAAAGUUCAAAAAGCUGAUACGGACGUGUGCCUGCGUGUGGUGAACGUGUGAAGUGUCAGUGCAGUCUGAUACUGUUUCUGCAACGCUUUUUUUAAACGUAGGCUAUAACUUAUGGCUGUGCAUCCUGUGUGAACGUGUUAUGGAGCCACCUCCUCCAUAACACACAUCUCACUGCGGUUUUGACACACGCUUCAUGUGUCAACACACUUUUUCAAACUGAAAUGUAGUAUUUUUUUGCUGUACCUAACUUCUGUACACUGUGCGUCAUUUUUGUUUUCUACUGUUCUCCACUAGAUGUCACUGUAGAGCUGUGAUCCACUGGCACAGAUAGACACAGUAUCACAGCAAACACAUCAGUCCUAAACCAGGCACAGGUAGAACCAGUACAGCAACCAUCAGUCCUAAACCAGGCGCAGGCAGGAAAUGUACAGCAACCACAUCUGUCCAAAACCAGACAUAAGCAGGACCAGUAUAGCAACCACCUCAGUCCUAACCCGGGCAUAGGCAGGACCAGCAUGAAAGUUGGUCAUCAAGAGUACUGUUAGUUGCAGAGGGAAAAGUGAUCAUCUACCAAAAAAACUAAACAAAACAUACAAACAAACAAACUAAUAAAAGAUAAAAUUGCAUACUUAGGAGGGAAAUAUCUCUUAAGAUAUUUUGAGGUAUUAUUUAUGUUGGAGAUGGCAAUUAGUAAUGUAAGGUAAUGUAUUAUAUUUGUAGAGCACAAUUCGUACUCAAUUCAGAGCUAUCUAGCCGGACACAGUGAAAGUAUAUGAAAACCAAUGGACGAUAAAAACUCUAACUCAAACUUACCCGUGUGUAUAGGUUACUAAGCAGACAAAACCAUAUACUCAAGGAGCUCAAAUGUGGUUAAAUAUAAAUCCUCACAAUGUUUUGUCCAGUAGUUUUAAAUUUGGUCUUUUGCUAUAAAUCCUUACCCACCUUCAUUUACAAUCACGAAAUGUCCCACUAAGAUUAAAUUAGAAAAUCUCGAUUCCACAUUUGUCUAUUUUAAACAUCUCUGUAAAAACCUCCUCUCUUUAGUCAAGCUCGUCUUUAUUCCCACAAGGCUUGGGUUUAUUUUAAGCCCGAAUAAUAAUAGAAUAUAUCUAUGCCAUCUAUUUUUGAUGCUUUUGUCGUCCACCUCGUGAUUGUCCUGAAGUCUGACAAGCCGCAGGGUGAUGGUGGUCCUGUCAUAGCCAAAUGUAUUAUUCAUGGUGUCUGUGUCAUAUACCAGUUCAUUUAUAAGUGGGACUGGAGCCAUUUGCUUUAGUGAGCUGUGUUAUGUAUCAUUCUAUUUAAAGCUACUAUCUGUAAUUAGUCUGGACAACUGGGUCUGGCCGUGAUGUAUUCUCACAUAUCACCACUAGAUGCUAUCUACAUUACUGAUAGUGUGUAAAAGGUUUCACAUCUGCCUGGUAAAAAAAACCCCAAAAAAACAAAAAACAAAUAACUUCCAGAUGGUAGCUUUAAUGUGAUGACUGAAUGUUGUGACUGUAAAACAUGCUUAUUUUUAGUACAAAUCGUUCUGUUGUUUGUAUAAUUUAUAAUGUUUGAUUGGGGAAAAGCCCAUUAAAAAAUUAAGCCCUUUU